AGCUCCCCCCCCCUCCCUCCAUCAAACCACAAGACCAGACCGAAGCCGCCCAAUCCAUCCCUUGGCUCGCGGCCCUUUUCUCCUCUGUCCAAGAUUCCACCCUCCCCCUCCUCUACCCGACACGACACGACACGACAGACACGAUCCGUCGCUGCGCAACCAUGGAUGAGAUUGCCAAGGAGUACGACGUCCUCGUUGUCGGCACCGGCUUGACCGAGUGUAUUCUCUCUGGUGUGCUGUCCGUCAAGGGCAAGAAGGUCCUCCACAUCGACCGCAACGACCACUAUGGCGGCGAGGCCGCGUCCGUGAACCUCGAGACACUCUUCAAAAAAUAUGGCAACUACCAAAAGGGCGAGGAGCCCUGGAAGCAGUACGGCCGCCUCAACGACUGGAACAUCGACCUCGUCCCCAAGUUCCUCAUGUCCUCGGGCGAGCUGACCAACAUCCUCGUCUCCACCGACGUCACGCGAUACCUCGAGUUCAAGCAGGUCGCCGGCAGCUAUGUCCAACAAGGCUCUGGCCCCAAGGCCACCGUCGCCAAGGUCCCCUCCGACGCCGGCGAGGCUCUCAAGUCCCCGCUCAUGGGCAUCUUUGAGAAGCGACGUAUGAAGUCCUUCAUCGAGUGGGUUGGCACCUUUGACGCCAAGGACCCGGCCACUCACAAGGCUCUCGACAUGAACAACUGCAGCAUGAAGGAGGUUUACGACAAGUUUGGCCUCGAGGCGGGCACCCGCGACUUCAUCGGCCACGCCAUGGGCCUGUACCUCACCGACGACCACAUCACGACCAAGGGUCAGGCCCCCGAGGUCAUCGAGCGCGUCCGUCUCUAUGGCAACUCUGUUGCCCGCUACGGCAAGUCGCCGUACAUCUACCCGCUGUACGGCCUCGGCGAGCUGCCUCAGGGCUUCGCCCGCCUGUCCGCCAUCUAUGGCGGCACCUACAUGCUGAACACGACCGUCGACGAGUUCCUGUAUGAGGGCGACAAUGCGGUGGGCAUCAAGGCCACCAUGUCCGGCGUCGAGGAGAUGAAGUUUGAGACGAGGGCCAAGAUGAUCCUUGGCGACCCGUCGUACUUCCCUGGCAAGACCAAGGUUGUCGGUCACGUCCUCCGCGCCAUCUGCAUCCUCAAGCACCCCCUGGCCGGCACCAACGACAGCGACUCUUGCCAGCUCAUCAUCCCGCAGUCGCAGGUCGGCCGCAAGAACGACAUUUACAUUGCCUGCGUCUCGUCUGCCCACAACGUCUGCCCCAAGGGCUACUGGAUCGCCAUCGUGUCGACCAUUGCCGAGUCAUCGGCCAACCACCACCUCGAGCUCAAGCCCGGCCUGGACCGCCUGGGCAAGAUUGAGGAACAGUUCAUGGUAUGUCGCUCUGCGUCGCUGUCACCCUGCUCGUACAGGUCAGGUCAUCUAAUCAUACGAGCUGUAACAGGGCCCGCCGAUUCCCAUCUCGGAGCCUCUUCAGGACGGCACCAAGGACAACAUCUUCAUCUCCAAGAGCUACGACGCCACCAGCCACUUCGAGACGACCACCGACGACGUCAAGGACAUUUAUCGUCGCUGUACCGGCGAGGAGCUUAAGGUCGAGGGUCUCAGGGAUGGCCUCACCGUCGCCGACGAGCAAUAGGCGGAGGCGCCGGGCCAGGGGGAUGCGACGAAGAUGUCAGUAUCGGGAGCGGGGGCGAGAGACAUGACAUGGUUCACUCCAAGCUGUCAUGGGUAUUGCGGAAGACGAGAGGCAGCAAACACAUGCGAAUGAAGCAAAAACGGCAGAAUCCUUGUGGGCGUGCGAGGGAGGGAGACUCGGUGUUUUGUAGGUUCCGUAGCUGCUCAGCACAUUUGCAAGAAUUAUAGUCAAUUGCCAGACAGCGAGGCUAGGCGGG